AUGACGGUCACAAAGGAUGCACAGGGUGCGAUUGAGCAGCCGGUUCAGUUGACCGACAGAAGACAUGAUACACCUAUACACUACUUGUCGCUCUGUUUGUCUCCUAUCUAUGGAAGCGAAAGAAAAUAUCUUGUGCUUGUCGAGUUAUUUGAGCACUUGAAACUGCAGGGUGUCGAAUAUUUCUACAUAUACGUCAGAGAAUUAGAUGAUUACUCGCAAAUGCUCCUCGAGGACUACAUUAGGGAGGGACAAGCCGAAGUUACAAGUUUGUCUAUCAGACACGAAUUCAUUUUCUGCCCUCAAAUAGUUGCUGCAACGGUACGGCCUAUCUCUUUGUACGGAGCUUUAAUGCAAGCGCGUAACGGAUACACAAGAAAUCAAGGUAUUUCAGGACUGCUUGCACAGGAGUCGUCACCAUUCUAGGAAAAAUUGCAAAAUGCACCAGACAAGGGAGCGUUACGUUUUACAUCAAGAUGGGUUCUUCGAACACCUCCGCCUCAAUCAGAUUACCAGGGAGAGGAGACGCUGAAGCAACAUUUGCCUAUGCUUGUUUUCCACAACAGUUCCGCAGUUCCUAACACAAGGAUUGUGCAGAAGUUAGUCUUGGACCCCAGGAGA